CAGCAGCAGAAAUCGUGAUAAAAGAAACAGACUCCAGUUAUGUCCCAGAAUUUGGAUUUCUUGGCCUUGGCUGGCCGUGGAGGUCCUCAUUAUGCCAGUCCAACUUCAAGGCAUCCCUCACCAAAGGUUUGGAAUUCAACACCACCUUCCCUUGAAAGGGGGCCUUCAGAGAGACAAAUCAGUCCCACCCCAGAUCAGUACACCAACCCCAACAGGCGUCGGCAGCCAUGGAAAGACUGGUCUCCAGGCAGAUGGCAACUGCUUCAAAACCAGAGACAAAGCUGGGGCUUGAGUCCUACAGCUCCCACUCGACAUAAACGUACUCCAGAACCCAAACCAUUCUUCAGACAACCAAGAGGCGGUGCUACACAAGUUUACGGUAAUCACCAGCCAGGAAGCUACAGAGACAUCAGUCAUUAUUACAGUCCAUCUAUGGUAGAGGACCCAUGGGCAGCAUUGCAAGCCGAGGCCCAAUACAGAUAGACUACAAUAUCAACCAUGAAAUCAAACCUGUGCUCAAGCUCCAUGCAACAACCCGGGGGAAAGCAGCGCCCUAAGGGUGGUAUAUUUUUACUGUAUGAGAUUUUAACACUAGCUCUUGUGAGGGCUGGCACAAUGCGGGCACUUCUAUAAUAUAUUGAGCCAAUAAACUACAAGACAUGAACACAU